AUGACUAGCCUUCAAAAUCCUGUCUUCGAUACCGUCUCUAGUCUUAUCCUCGCCUCUUCCACUUUUCUUCACUCAAACAAGAUAUUCCUACUUGUCUUCUCUUCUCUCCUCUCGUAUGGUAUUUCCUAUUUGAUGCACCUGGUCCGACCAAGAGCGAUGCUUACACAUAAAAAAGUUGUGGAGGAGAUAGACGAUUUGUUGAUAGCGUAUAGCACGGAACAAAGCAAGUGGAAAACAAAAGAAAAAGUGCCACAAAGACUCGUAACGGGGACAUCGGAACAGGACAGAGCAGAAGCACUAUGCCGGCUUUUCAAUACAAACCUCAACCCCAUUUCGGAGGUUUCAACAUUGAGUAUGUAUCUUCUUUCCCCCACCUUACUUCUAAAGUUGGUCAUCGUCGGCAAGUAUAAAGUCAGAGAGUAUGGAUCAAAGAUAAGCCGGAGCUCAAUUGUGUGGUAUAUUCUAGAGGGUGGAUUUCGGGUUACUUCGAAGUUUGGUUUCACUAUCUGGGUAAUCUUGAUGAGAAUAGAGGGAUACUCGAUCGUCGGUCCAUCGUUCAAAGAAGGAGAAGAAAAGCAAAGACUCGGAUGGUAUGACUACAAGGACUAA